AUGCAAGUGUUUAGGGCGGAAUCAGCGAAAAUCCCUUCGGAAUCGACGCUUUCAACAAAAAAAACGACGCCGUUUUAUUGGCGAUUCGACUACGUUGUUAGCCAAACUGCUAUUUUGAAAUCACGCCUACAAUAUCUUCGAGGCGAAAUGUUCCAAAUUACUGCAAAACGGGUACAAAAGUAUGAAAAACUGAUCAAGGACAUGCGUUCGGUCAAACGAUUGGAACAAAGUGAAGACAAAAAGGAUGUCGAAAAACUAGCUGAAAUUUUUGAAAAAGUUCGUAUAGCUGAGGAAUCAGAGGAGGAGCUAACUCCCGAACAAUUGAGUGAAAUUCUCAGAAAAUUUUCUCUAGACGAAAAUUUGCAGGAAAAUCAACCAAAGUAG